AUGGAACUAGUAUCUGUCAUAGUAAUCAUCAUAAAUCUGAUCGGAAUUUUCGCGUUCCAUUUUUCUGGCGAAUGCUCACAUUCUCACUCCCACUCUGGUCAUUCCCAUUCCCACCUAAGCCAUUCCCAUCAUCAUGAUCACCAUGACGCACCCGGAUCUAAGCUGGAAUUAGUGCAGACCACCGACAAUUCAGAUAUCGAAACGCAUGAUGGCCAUCAUUCUCAUCAUAAUAAAGAAACAUGUUCUCACGACCAUAAGGGUCACCAACAUUCUCACCACGACGAAGAGGAGCAUCAUCAUUAUAAGAAUAACUCUCACUCCGGACAUGGGCAUAAUAUGAAUAUGGAAGGCAUAUUCUUCCACGUUUUAGCCUACACUCUGGGCAGCGUAGGUGUCAUUGUUUCCUCUUUUCUAAUGCAGAGGCACGGUUGGUUCAUAGCUGAUUCCAUAUGUUCCCUCUUAACUUCCUUAUUGAUAUUCUUCAGCGAGGGCGAGGGCAUCGAUGUUAUGGUUAGAUGGUGCAUUUGGGUCAAUGCAGGUGAAGUCUCAAACCAGAAGCUGAUCCCUUGA